AUGCAGGGGAUCACCAGGAUCGGCAAGUGGAGGCGAAGCCGCGAUCAUCCCUGGCCUCUCUCAUGGAGCAGUCGGGAACUCAACAUCGGGUUCCCCAGAGAUCGAGAACAGCGUUCACAUGAUGGAACGGGCAUACCAACAAGCGAGUUGUGGCUAGGGAUCCAGACAAAGAAUGACGGGGAAGUGGAGAUGGGGAAGCAAUACGCCGUCAAAGAGGAAAACAUGCAGAGGAGACAGAUCACUCCGCAGACAGCCUGUUAA